UUUAAAGGUCUUGCCAGCAUCUCUUUAUUAAUAUAGAGACAUUAUUGUUCACACAAACGGAAAAAAUAGUAAUGGUAGAAUACCCCCGCCCCCAAAAUGACUGACUUUGAGCGCUUCAGAGGGAGCUGAACACUUAAUCACGAGUCACAAGUCCAGAGUCACACUUAAAAGUACAAGUAGUUCACAAGUGUUGAAUGGUGGCUGAAGAGUUUGUGUGCGUAAAGAAGAUAGAUAUAUGUAUAUCAUAUAUUUAUGUAUUUCUUUAGUUUAUAUCAAUGUUUUUUUUUUCUUUUAUACCAGGAACUAUCCAGCUCCUGCACCCUGGCUAACACAGUGCGGCUCUCUGCAUUGAGCAUCAAGAAACAAGCGCGUACCCCGAGAUAAAGCCUCCAAAGGGUUUCGUGUAAGAUGCCCAACAUUGGCUCUGAGAGAUGGAGUCGUGGCUGACAAGGUGUAAUAAACACAUAAUGAACAAAAUGUGAAAAGUUACAAUAAAUUCCCCAACGAAGCAGUAGCUCCCUGAUUCUGAAACAUGGCCCUCAGACAGACUGAAUAGUUGAUAUUCUCUCCCUGAUUUCUCUCAGAAUAUAAAAUGCGGUCAUUUUUUUUCGUCUGGCACACGUUCUGCAUUUUGGACGACACCAUGUCCAUGCAUUUGGUUGAAAAUGACAAAGAAUACAAAAAGAAAUACAGCAGUGUGAAGAAUGAGAGAGAGGUGGGGGUGGAGGGUGAAGGACGCGCCGUCUGGAAGCUGAUUGGCCACUUGACGGGCGCUGUUGAUUCAGGCGUCCACCGCGCAAGAAGAUAAGAUAAAGGCCAUAUAAAAUACAGAGAUGCGCAUCCAUCCCUCACUGUCAGCUGCACCUAUACACUGUCUGCUGCCUCCAGCUACACGACUGGCUGUCUCUCCAUCCGAGCAUCACCUGUCAAGAUGUCUCCUAAAACACAGUGCGUCCCCGGUGACCUGCGCACAUCCACCGACGCACUGACGCUCAGCAGGUUUUCUGUUCGCCACCAGGUGAAUGAAGCCGGCGGCUCAAGUGAAACUUUGCCCAGAAAACCGUUGUCUGUAAUCGGAGGGGAGGCCUCCUCGGCGAAGAAUCUAAAGCCCAGAGGCAGGUGUGAGAGGUCAGGACAGCGGGGCAGGCGCAGAAUGAAGGCCAACGACAGGGAGCGCCACCGGAUGCACAACCUGAACUCCGCUCUGGACGCGCUGAGGAGCAUCCUGCCCACACUGCCCGACGACACCAAGCUGACCAAGAUCGAAACUCUGCGCUUUGCCCACAACUACAUCUGGGCUCUGACCGAGACUCUGCGCAUGGCCGACCUGCACGGACACAGGCCGGAGCAGCUGCAGGCGGGGUCAGACCUGAGCAGCCCGGCGAGUGUGUCGUCUGCGGAGUGGGACUCAUCCGCAUCACCCGCAGGGGCUGCUGGCUGUGUGACGUCAGCUGACUAUGAGCCAAGAAACUGUUUCACAUCGGGAGAAAUAUCCAGCGUCAUACCUGUCAGCGUGUAUCUCAGGUCAUUCUGCAGUGGGAAUGGUCUCAGAGACACUUGGCACUGUUGACUUUCCACCUUCCAACGAGGAGUCCUUAAAGGGUAACUCCACCGAGUUUACACAUUCAAGUGUGUGUACAGGUCUUGGGGAGUACUACUUCAUAUGUGAAAACAUACUGUAAAGCUUUCUGUGGCUCCAGAGGAAGCUGCAUGUAAUCUGAGACGGUGCCUCCAGUGAUGUCACCCAGCGGUUAUGUUUUGAAAAGCAGUCCACUGGUCUGGCGUUGCACUCCUUUGUAUUACUUUUUCAUAUGACUUAGUUCUCCAAGGGACCAGUAAACAUACUUAAAUGUGUAAAAUUGGUGGUUACUGUUUAAUGACUGCCCGUAUUGUGUUACUGCACUGCUCUCUAUGGGCUGAAAACAUUUACUAUAAGUAAACUGUAAGUGUCAUUCGAGGCCCUUUCUUAGUUUUAGAAUUUGAUUUCACGACAAUCAAAGUUUCACUAAAAGACCAUGAAGCACAAUCAGAUUAUUUUAAGCUAAAAUAUUUAUUUUGGAAAUGAUUCAUAUGUGUUUUUGAGCUGUUCUUGCUGCAUAAAAAGUAGUUCUAUUUAUUUAAUAAAACUGUAGAAAAAAGUCUUGUGGUGAAAAGUAGUCUGCCUUUCCAUUGUUUCCAUGAUCCAAACUGAACAUUUACAUUUACAAAGACAAA